UUCGCGCGCUUUAUAUUCCACCAUCGCGUCAACAUAACGCGGUCGAUGAAAAGCUCCGUAGGCGUAUAAGUUGCGACUCGUGCGUCGAUUGUCGUGUCCUCGACGCGACACGCGAGGUAGUCAAGGUGGAAGGAACAGAGUGCGGCGAACUAAAUUUAGGAGUCACGAACCUUGACUCUAGCUCGACCGAAUCGUCGCGAGUCUCGUCCAAAGUGUCCGGCCGGAACGAUGACGGAUCCCGAGCUCGACGAGCGAACCUCGAGUAUCGUGCGCAUCGCGUAUCAUCAAUUGAGCAUCAUGUGUGGCACGUACGAUCCCACCAGGUCGACGAGCGUCGAUACCGCCGCGAACGCCGACGCGGAUGCACGCAACAUGAUGUGCACGCGUCGAUUGUUGGCGCUGCCGGUGUUCGCCUCGGUGUCAUUGGCUCUUCGCAACGCUUACGCGAUUACGAGGGAUUCGCACAAGUCGAUCGCGACGAUUUUGGACGGUGCGGAGAACGGGGUGCGCAAGGGAUUGGAAUUUGCGAAUCCGAUGACCGCCAGGAUCGCCGACGUUCUGGAAACGCCGAUCGAAGCGAUAGACAAGGCGGUAUGCGUCGGGCUCGACUUUGUUGAGGAGAAGAUGCCCUCUGUAAAAUUGCCGCCCGGUCAGAUUUAUGCGAACAUGAAGGACGGUGUCAGGAAUAUCUUUACAUCGGCGUUAGAAACGCUUAGGCUUUUGUUCGGGAGCACACAAAAUCAAAUAGAAGAUUUAUCAAUUACGAGCGAGACUGCACAAGGAAAAAAUAGAAAAAUAUCUAGUUGAAUUGCGAAAAUGCGAAGAAUAAUUCUUGCACCAUCAUUGUAAUUUCGCUAUAAGAUAUAUCAUUUGCGAUUGGUGUUGAAAAUCAAUUCAUUCGCUAUAACAAGUUGUAAGGAUUAAUAUAUAAAACAUUGAGAUUAAUCGGCAUGCAAUAACAAAAUGCAACUGUCUUGAUGACAAGUAAACAUUCGUCAUUCAUGUGAAUGCGAGGUGAUAUCCUGAAAUUAAAAAAAAACAAAUCAAUAAUUGCGAAUGGAUAUCUGACGUUGAGAUAUAUCUUUGUACAAUAACAUAUAUAUUAUUUUAGGUUGUUACUUAAAUAAAUCCUAUUUCUGUUUUUCAAUUUAA